AGUUAUUGAGUUUCCGUUGCGUAUCUUGAAAAUUAUGCCAUAAGAUAAUUUUUUUGCUUUUCAACUGCUUUUAUUGUCUGGUGCAAUGGAAGUUGCAUAACCAUGAGUAAUCAUGGUGGUUUUAUCUUAAAAAAAUGACCUCCAUUUCCAUUAUCGACCCAUUGGUACACUGUUGGUACCAAAUUAAUUUCCCAUUAGAGUAGAUGACACAACUUUCACUAUAACAAGUCACGUGAUGAGUCGACCUUGUUUUGUUUCAGUGUGACGUUAGCAGAGAAGAAGUAACUUCUGAAUCACUAACAACGUCUGUGAAAAUUCUAAUUACUCACGACACGUCACAAGUAAAAACAAAAUCUUAAUAUAAAAGUGUAAUUACAAAAUGAGUUAUCCAGGAUAUCCACCCUAUCAAGCGGGCUCAAACUACCCGCCGAACCCAAAUUCCGGGUCACCUUAUCCCCCCAAUCCCCCUUAUCCCCAACAAGGGGGCGUUUAUCCCCCCAGUGUUGGGUAUACUUCAGGCUCCCCCAUGUACAUGCCGCAACCCUACGGCGGUGGCGGGUAUCCUCCUCAAACCGGGGGUUCCCCCUAUCCACAACCUAGUCCCUAUCCCAGUCAAGGGGCAGGUCCCUACCCAGGUCAGGGAUCCUCUCCCUACCCCAACCAGGGGGCUAGUCCCUAUCCUCCUCCAGGUGGCCAAGGAGCCGCUCCUUACCCCAGUCAAGGGGGCCAUCAAGGACCCUCUCCUUACCCCUCCCAACCCUAUGGCCAAGGACACCAGACCCCUAGCUAUACACCCUCUUAUAGUCAAGGCCAACACACAAUCAAGAGAUCCCCGACUGUGGUUCCCGCGCACCCUUUCAACCCUCGCGAAGAUGCCGAAAUCUUGCGCAAGGCUAUGAAAGGUUUCGGAACGGAUGAAAAAGCCAUCAUCAAUGUCCUAGCCCGCCGUACCAACGCCCAGCGAUUGGAAAUCGAAGUACAAUUCAAAACCCUCUACGGCAAGGACUUGAUCAGCGACCUAAAGAGCGAAUUAACUGGAAACUUCGAAAAUUUAAUCGUGGCAAUGAUGACUCCACUCCCGCAAUACUACGCGAGGGAGAUUCACGACGCCAUCAGCGGCGUCGGAACCGACGAAGACGUUCUCAUCGAAACCAUGUGCACCCUUAGCAAUGCGGAAAUCCGUACAAUUCGUGACGCCUAUCAUAGAACCUACUACCAAAAUCUGGAGAGCGACUUGAAGGGCGACACCAGCGGUCAUUUCCGCCGUCUCAUGGUGUCACUCUGCAGUGCUGGACGUGACGAAAGUAUGCAGACUAAUCCUCAGGCUGCGACAGCCGAUGCCCAGGCCUUGCUCCGUGCCGGAGAGCUUCAAGUCGGGACGGACGAAUCAACAUUCAAUAUGAUACUCUGUCAGAGGAAUCAUGCCCAACUUCGGUUGAUUUUCGAAGAGUACCAGCGCUUAACCGGGCAUGAUAUUGAAAAAGCCAUCAAGAAUGAGUUUUCGGGUGAUAUUGAAGAAGGGCUUUUGGCGGUCGUAAGGUCGAUUAAGAAUCAACCGGCGUUCUUUGCGAAGAGGUUGAAUAAAUCAAUGAAAGGGAUGGGAACAAAUGAUCGCGAUUUGAUCAGAUUGGUUGUGACGAGGUCGGAGAUUGAUAUGGGGGAUAUCAAGAGGGAGUAUCAGGCCAAAUAUGGGGAAUCACUUGCUGAUGCCAUCAAGGGCGACUGUUCCGGUGAUUAUAAAAAGUGUCUUUUGGCACUUAUUGGAGAAUCGUAAACUGUUAAACUUAUUGUGUCAAAUUUUUAAAUGUUUGGUGCUUUAUUCCAUGUAUUUUUAUCCACAUUAAUGAAAUUUAUAGUACAUUGUUCUCUAUUGUUCAAUAUGUAUUAAACUGUAUUUUUAUAAUGUUAUUAUUAAACUUGAAAGAAUAUGGCCAAUAAAGACGAGAAAAACGUAUUCUAUGAGCGAAAGUUCUAUAUAUUGUACAAUGUUGAUCUGCUAUUUAUGUACACGUUUUUGCUACUGUUAUACAAUUUAAUAAAUGUAACGUGCAACAUG